AUGGGCUUGGAUGCAAACAUUGUAUCUCCGUCUCAGCCGGAUGACCCUGACCCGUCCCAGCUGCUGCACUAUCUUCCGGAUUACGAGGUUGUCAUUUGCAGUACCUGCCGAUAUGCCGUCCAGCCUCAUGGGAUCUUGCGUCAUCUGAAAGAGAUUCAUCGAAUCCUCCGUGGCCGCCGGCGGAAGUAUUCUCAUUACGUUGCCAGCUUGUGCCUUAGAGAGCCAAACGACGUCGUACCUCCCAGUGGUGCUGAUAAGUUUCCGGUCCCGCACCUACCGGUCGAGCCCGGUCUUCGAUGCCAGGCAGCUGGCUGCAUGUAUCUAUGUGCUUCUAACAAGCGCAUGCAGUCCCACUGGAGGACUGUGCAUGGACGAAAAGGCGAUUGCACCACAGACUGGCGUCCGGUUCCCCUGCAGACUUUCUUCCGUGGCAAUCACCUACGGUAUUUCACUUCUGUGGGCGCAAAGUCGAAUAAUGAAUUGAUAGGAGAUAAGCUCCAUGCAGGCCUGGACUCCAUGGAUUCUGCCCUUCUGGACCACUACCUCCAACACACAUACCAUAGUUUCACCACCAACGAAGAAACAGAUAGGAUAUGGCGCUCGAUUGUCCCGGGGCUAGCACACCAGAAUGUGUUCCUUCUGCAUGGCCUGCUAGCCUGCACAAGCUUGCACAGAGCACACAUGAGCUCUGGGCAUGCGGACCAGGAAAAGGCAUUUCUUCUAAGAGCCUACCACCAUCAGGGCAUUGCUCUCCCGCAGUUUCGGUACGCUAUCAAGCAUCCUAAGGCGGACAAUUGCCAUGCCAUUCUGGUAUUUGCAUAUCUGCUAGUGGUAUAUUCUUUUGCCGCUGAUCAACCUGGGUGCUCAGACUCAAACUUGAGCGAGGACUCGUUGCUUCUAGUGGAUCGGAAUGAUGGCGAAGGCACCGAGCCUGAUAGCAUUCUUUGCAAGUGGCUAUACUUUCUUCGCGCUGGUUGCUCUAUGCUGUGUGAGGUAUGGGAGCAGUUGAACGAGGGACCCGUCAGAGCACUUUCGGAGGCCUGGGACAUUGAUUUGGGUUACGACCCAGAACCCUCAUAUUUGACACUUCUCUUGUCAGUGAUCCCAAAUAAGGCAACCGCCACACAAAGCACUGGCGAUACAAAUGAGACGACUCUCGUUUGGCCCGAAGAUGUGACAGCCAUUUAUCAAGAGGCUGCCAUUGUUUUGUGCCGAUCAUUUGCGUACGUGCGUGCCCACCGCGGACUACUUACUACCUGGGACGUUCUCCGCAUAUGGCCCAUGGAAGUGUCGCUAGAAUACAUGGCUCUUCUCCACCAACGGCACCCUGGCGCACUUAUAUUGCUAGCGUACUAUUGUGUCCUGUUGAAGCAGAUGGAGAGACACUGGUACUUCGAAGGGCGCGCGGCAAUGCUAAUUCGCGCCAUUCAGAGACACUUGAAGCCGGAGUGGCAUAUUUUUAUCCGGGAGCCAUUGCAUAUGGUUGUAGGAGUACCUGAUGGUGGCCAUUUCCUUGAGAAGAUUUAG